CCGAAGCCUCAUAUUAACGGCAGACUACUGCUGCGGCAGUCUCGCGCCGCGCUCUAUUAUUUCAACGUAAGAUUCUUUAUCGAACGCCCGUAAUUUAACGUUCCAUUCAAUAUCUAACGCGAUUUAUUUAAUGAUAAAAUUACGCCAUAUUUGAUUUUUUAUUCCCGCGAUUUGUAUUGUCAGAUUUGUUUUUUUUUUCUUUUUCGCAACUGUGAUUUCAACCCUGCCAGCCAGUGUCGUGUCGCGUUUAUUCUUAGUUUAAUUCUCAUAAUUUUUGCAAAGUGAAAUUCGUGUUUAACAGUGACUUGACGAAAAAAUUGAUACGCUCGAAUUAUAAAUAUUAUUUUAUAAUCUGGUUUGUUCGAAGUGGUUUGAGUUUCCUUUCAUUUUUGCCUUUAGUGACGGUUUCAUAAACUUGUAUUACAGUGACUCUGUGGCAAAUGAAGUUUUAUUUGAUUAUUUUUAUACGGCAUUUAAGUAACUGUGUUUCGUGCGAUGAAAAAGAAAAUGAGUAAGGAGGUACAGAAAAGAUGGCGAUCCAUUCGCGACUCAUACACAAAGACGUACAGACAAGGGAAGUGUGUGUUGCCCGAACAGUGUCCACCUGGAAGCAGACGAUACCAGUAUCAUCACCAGAUGUCAUUCUUACUCAAAGCUUUGCAGAACAAGAAACCCAGAUAUUCACAGGAUAAGUAUGAGUCAUUCUCAGAGAUCUCAAAUUCGCCGCAGCAUCCACCGCCAGAAGACAUGCCGAAAAUAAAGAACGAGACCAUGGAAAAACCAUUAGAUCUUAAAACUAAACCGGAUGAAAGACCAGAGACACAAGACAAAUGUAACCAAGCAGAUUGUAUAGAUAAGACAAACUCGUUAGAAAUCAAAAUAGACGCCAACUCUAUACUCCCAGAAGACCAUUUUGAUGACGAUCGCUUAUUCAUGAAUUCUUUAAUACCUUUGUUCAAAAAAAUGAACGAUGACACAAGGUUAUUGUGUAGGAUUGAAGUCCUUAAAAUAAUCCGAUACGCACUUCAAGGUCACAAAUGUUUUGAAGCUCUCAAAGUGGCUGAAGAUUCGUUCUUGAAAGACAGAUUGAGCAACAUACUGUCUAAAGACGAAAGCAAUGUGUCUACGAGUACACAAAAGAGUCCGGAGACCAAAUUGGCUAUGACUACUAGGUCUGCUGAUGGUAGCCGACCUGUUCGAAAACGGAGGGCUCGCUCACCAUCACCUCUGCCGGUGCCAACAAAGAAGCGGGGGCCUGGCCGUCCUAGAAAGAUUAGGCCGCCGCCCUCAGAUUCUGAUGAGGAGCUGACAUCAAGGAAACGCCUGCCGAAGUUGAAGGUGUGUGAGGCUCCCUGUGAGGAAGACUCCUACAGCCACGUCACCAGCGUCGCACAGCUCUCCACUCCGAUGUUUAUGAAGAUUUAUAACUUGGAGAGGUCAAAAAUUGCACCCGCCUUACCCACGACGCCGCCGAUGCAAGUGUCAAUAAAAACCGAACCCGUGGACCCCGAACCACAACCCAGCUAAGCUACCAAUCAAACUAUGUUAUAUUUUUAUUAUGGUAACAUUGUUAACCGCCAAUCAGAAUGCAGAAAUAUCACGCGAUAAUGGCCGUUGGCCAAUGACAGCGUACUAUUUUUCUAAGUAGGCUUAACGCUACAUUUAGAUGUGUAUAGUCUAUGGUUUUUAUAACCUCAAAAGAAUUUAUAAUGUUGAUUGAUACAGGUAUAUGCGCCUUUUUCUGUUGAAUUUUUAGGUAAUUGAUGAUGAUAUUUUCAAUUAUGUUCGGUGAAAAUUUACCGGGCUCUUUAUUGAUAUGGACAUUAAAAAAAACAUUUUUUUUUUAGUAUAAUCACCCUUUUUAUAUGUGUGAUUCAGUUACCAAUCGUACAGUUUUCACAGUUAAUUGAAAAUAUCGUUCAUCAUUAUUCUAAAUCUAAUUGUUUUUAGGGAACAGAUAAAAUACACUUUAUGUGUCAUCAUGUUAUAUCCUACUAAUAUUAUGAAUGCGAAAGUUUGUGAAGAUGCAAGUGUGUGUGUGUGUGUGUGUUUGUUUGUUUCUU